AAAAGACCUAGCCAGCGCUAUGGUACCAGCGCCGAGAAUUAGGCUUAUCCCCUGUUGUCGACGUUGCUGACACGUUCGGCAUGCCAAAAUACGUUUAGCUAGUCAUCUCGAUUACGCCGAGGUCGCCAUGGAAGAAGAGCAGCUAGAUUAUGACACUGUUGUCUACCAGUGCGGCGCCUGUGACGAGCAGUUUUCCUCUCUGGAAGAGAUAGAGCAGCACCACAGUGCAGAUGGAGGAAAUAUGUGUCCAUUUAUGGUGGCAGCCGCCAUACAGCCUCAGGUCGAUGGCAGCAAGUCUGAAGUUGUGGUCGUGUCUGAAGAGGUUGCACUUCCUGGGAGUGUGGUCGUCUCCGGAGACAUUAUAGUUCCGGACGACGUCGCUCUCUCCGAAGAUGUCGACGAUCCCGAGCCCAUGGUGGUCGAAGCGCUCCCGGCUACCAGUCACGGGCACACCUGCACCAUAUGCGGGUGCAGCUUCAGCUCGAAGUUUCUCUUGGCAGCACACGAGCAGUCGCACCAAAAGAACGAGAUGAAAGUCUAUCCCUGCGAGCUGUGCAAGCAGGAGUUCUGCGACUCGAGCGAGUACGUCACACACCUUGUGUCGAGCCACGCCAAGAAGGACCACUGCUGCACCAUCUGCAACAAGUGGUACACGUCGCGCAGCAACCUGAAGACCCACAUGAUGAUUCACGCUGGACGCAAGCCACACCAGUGCGACAUCUGCGGUCGCCAGUUCACCGUGUCUAGCAACCUGAAGGCUCACCGGCGCAUCCACACUGGCGAACGCAAGUACGUCUGUCAAGUGUGCAACAAAGGAUUCAUCACCUCUACUCACCUCAAGACGCACAUGGCGGUGCACACUGGCGAGAAGCCUUACCAGUGCGAGAUAUGCUUUCGCGAAUUUGCCGUCAACAGCAACAUGCGUGCCCACAUGCUCACGCAUACGGGCGAGAAGCGGCACGAGUGCCAGAUCUGCGGAAAGCAGUUUGCCACCUCGAGCCACGUCAAGACGCACUUGCUGUCCCACACGGGCCAGCGGGAUCACAAGUGCCCGACGUGCAACAAGAGCUUCACGGUGGCCUCCAACCUCAAGGCGCACAUGAAGAUACACCUGGGCCAGCGGGACCACGCGUGCGACCUCUGCCACAAGCGCUUCUACACCAACAGCGACCUCCGGUCGCACAAGAUGAUCCACACGGGCGAAAGGCCAUAUCAGUGCGACGUGUGCCUUGAACGCUUCACCAAGAUGUCCAACCUCAACUCCCACCGCACGACCCACACGGGUGAACGGCCCUACCAGUGCGAAGUCUGCCUCAAACGUUUUCGGAAGUCUGUCAAUCUGCGGACGCACCUGCAGACGCACCAGUCGGACCGCGCUCAUCCGUGCACGCUGUGUGAGGAGGCCUUCCCGAACAUCACGCGACUCAAGGCGCACACGAAAAAGUGCCACCAGGAGGUUUUCGGCUGCGAGCAAUGCAGUCGUAGGUUUCAGUCUCGCUCGGCAUUGGAGGCACACCAAAAGCUCCACUCGGACGCGUACUCCUUCUUUUGCAACGUGUGCGAGCGGUCGUUCGCCAAGGAGCAGCAUCUGGUGAAACACAUGGAGGGACAUGCUACGAAGAAGAACGAAUGUCCCACCUGCAACCUGCGGUGCACAUCGACGAAUCAGCUCGAGAUUCACAUGCGGACACACACAGGGGAACGGCCGUACCCGUGCAACUUGUGUCCACGCCGCUUCACAAAACAGGUCAACCUCAAACGCCACAUGCAAGUCCACACGAAAGUAAAGUUUGAGUGCCAAGUCUGCCUGAAAAACUACAUUUCAGAGAAAACUCUGCAGUCGCACUAUCGAAACUCUCACCCGGACUUUACUACCAAUGCAAAUUGCGCAAGUGCCACGAAGGAAAUCCACAUUGUUGUCAAGCAGGAACCUGGUGAGGACUUCGUUGUGGAGUAUGAAGGUGAAGUGGAAAGUUUGGAAGAGGACGACGAAGAGGAAGCCAAAAGUGAUGCUGAGACUGAAACACAGCAACUUCAGAAUGAGACAGAAGCACAAGAGAAUAAAACUGUUGAGUCAGCGUAACUGGCAACAUAGAGCCUCCUUGAAAGCACAGAUUUUACGAAAAAACCAAAGGUUUCUUGUGGACUUCAUUCUGGGAAGUGUUAGGUAGUAAAUAUUUAAAAAUUCAAUAAUAAAAGGCUACAACUGCUA